CAGAGGGCACUUGGCUUUUUCUGUCAGCUCCGCUUGGUUGAUGGUGGGGGGAGGCGCACUGAGCGAAGGAGACGGAGGAGACGGGAGGAUCGUCGGAACAGGAGAGGGAGGUGAGAUCUGUGAUAGAAGAGGUGGAGCAGAUGUGGAAAUGGAAACCGGGGAUGAGGUAGCUGAGGUCAGAGGGUGGGAGAGGGAAAAAAGACAGCAUGAGUCACUCAGCUAUGUGAACCUGCUAGAAUAAAUCACAGAAAUUAUCCUCAGAAGAAUCCAGAUUACACCAGAGGCACUGAACUUUAAAGUGAGAGUAAAGUUAGAGUCUGGACCAGGCAGGAACCCACAGAGCUGAACCAUCAAGAGGAGGUGUAAAAAAAAAAAACUGCAGUUCCUUGAGUGUCCACUUGGGAGCGGUUGCCAAAGCUGAGGAAUCCCCAUUAGAUCCCAUGAAUAAAUGCCAGACUUCACAGCUAAGUUUAACUGGUUUACAGCGUGGUGUGAAAAUUGUUUUUUGGAUGUAGCUCAUGUAUUUAUUUGUACACACAUGUAUGAGGAUGAUUUUUUUCAAUAUACAGUUUUGAUUUUUAAGAUGAUUGGAGCCACUUUGGAGUAAAAAUCAAGUUUAAAGCUACAAUGUUAUGAGAAUAAAGUUGUCGAUUAAAUUACUAUUAAGUAUUUGUAUUUGACAUAGACAAUGUAUUAAGUUGGUCUAGAUGACACUUUUUUGAAAGAAUACAAAAGCUCAAAAAGGAAAUUCUUUAUUUGUGGUCAUUUGAUUCUCAAUUUAGACUCUGAUAAGAAAUACUUUACAUUAUGGGCUCAAAACUACCUUGAAAUCCAAAAUAACAGAGUUUUAAAACAUGCAAUUCAAAUCGCGAUUAACCGCAGCUAACUAUGAAGAUUCUGCGAUUAAUCACGAUUAAAACAAAUGAAUCGUUUGACAGCCUUACUAUUAACCCCUAUGUUACCACCAAUAACAGCUUAACCAAUUACAUUUCUCAUGCAAAUGAGAAAGUCCUCAGCUUCUGCCGACAACAAGAUGUCACUGAUGUGCUUUUACUUCAACAUCACAACUUCACUCACCUGGUUAUAUAAUGACUUUGAUUCCAUACAGUUAAAACUUAAACUCGUUAUGAAGACUUUUUCUUGUAGUGCUCUGACAUUUUUGUCGAAACCAUGAUGAAUCUGUAUCACUCGUCAACAGACAGGUGGAACACAUUGCAGCUGUUUGUAUGGAGGCCAAAAACCCACCUCAGUCCCAUCUCUGCCUGUUUCCCGCUCUAUUGUGAGCUAGACUGAGUCUGUUUUUCCAAUACAGUCCCUGCCAUUGUUUCUAAAACCGUAACUUGUUAUAAGAUACAGAUAAUAAGUUUAAUACAGUGUGCUAAACAAGUCAAAAUAAAGUCAGGGCUUGACACUAACUUUUUUCACAAGGAAAAUUGAUCAAAUAAUGUUUGUCUUAUUGGUCGACAUUAGUACUGAAAUCAAUUUUAGGUCUUUUGGUCUCAUGACAUGGAGGCUAUUGAAGAAAAUGUUCAAAAUUUGCCUUUAGAGUUUAAAACAAAAAUCUUAUGAGGACAAAUUAGGGAAACAAAGAGGUAUGUGUUAUCGUCUGACCUUAGUAGUGUUAUUUGAAAUCAAUUGGAGGUCAAUUGGUCACAUGACAUUGAAGCUCAUCAACCGGUAAUUUAUUGAUGGUCCCUUAUUCAACAUCUGACGUUGACAGCGAGGGUGCCAAGUAGAUUUAACCGCGCUGCUGUUGUUAUUCCCAGUUAUGGCGAGUGAGAAGACACCUAAAACUAACUUCACCGUGGUAUUUACAUGAAAAAACAUUUGUUGCCUCGGCUGAUUUUUUUUUGUACACACGUGCCCCUAAAUACAUUUUUCAAUUCUCACACAUCUAUUGUUUUUAGUCGCAAAUGUGAGUGAAACGGUCGCAAAGUCGAGCUAUGAAAGUACUUAUUUUUGUAAGCGUAAGCUAAAUAACUAGCGAUGGUUGGGAUUAAAUAAGAAUUUUCAAAUGUCUAAACUGAGAGCUUUAUUUUGUUUUGUUUUUUAAAUUUGUCCAAUCAUAUUACCUGACUGAAACAAACAGGAUUGGUCCCGAUCAGAUCAAUCCACAAACAGAAGUCCAGUUUCUGUAGCAAACACGACGUGUCUCUUCACUGGGUCAUAUUCGUGUUGCUGAACUCAUGAUUCCCUGUCUUUACAUAACACACGCAGGGGUCAAUUGAAUUCUGCCAUCUCGUAAAAUAAUACUCAUUUUAGCUGAUCUAUUGUGAACCAUUGUUUUGUAGCUCUGAAUACACCCAGUGUGUUCCUCUGAGGAAGGAAGGACACCCUGCCCAAGUCAAAGAACUCACUCCUCUUUUCUAUGACCAUUGUUCCACCGAGUUCUCCUCGCCUAUCAGAUGAUCUCACCCACUGCGAUGUUUAUGUGUGUGUGUGUGUGGGAGAGAGUGGGUGGGUGUGUUAACAUAACGGCUGUCAAAAUUUAUAGUUACGGUUCCCACAUGGCGCUCAGCUAAACAAGUUAAAUAAGACAAACGGGUGGUUCAAGUAGGUCAACAAAGACCGGCUGAGCUGUGCAUUCGCAGGUCAAAAUAAGGUCACAUGAUGACACGCUGAGUUACUCUCGAACCUGAGUCAGUGAGAAGAGACGUUACACUGACACACUCGUACGCUGCAAAUUAAAGCACCUAUCAGUGACCUAUUUAUCACAGUGAAACCUCUGGCACAGCUAGUUCAGGGGUCAGUGUCUUGGUAUACUGAGAGACCUGGGCUUGAACCUUCAUUUUAGUAGCGAGUCCCUUUAAGUUCAGGUCUGAUAACGCCGCUCCACCCUCCCUGAAUACGUGCCCACGCCUGCAGACAGAGACAUACUUCCUACCAGGAAUAAAAACACCACGGUUCUACGCCGGCUCUCUGCAUCACUUUGAUCCUUCUGUCCAUCUGUCUGCAUGACUCUAUCCAUCUGUCUCCAUGCAGUUAUCACUGAAAUGAAGCUUAAACUAAAGAGUUUCCCAAAAGUACUGAAUUUGAAUUAUUUCACGCAGUGCUAAAAGAAAACAGACGAGGCUCACGUCCUUCCAAAUUCACAAACAUAAACUCCAAAACAGGAUUUAGUCCACGGUACCAACUCUCAGUGAGCGUCUCUUAAAUCCCCGUAUGAAAACAAAAACAUUCGUCUGAUUGAAUCCCCUCAGGGUGAAGUGUCCUAUUGUGAAUUUGGCUCCAAACUGGGUGGAGACCCAGCCAGUAGGAAGAAGAUCUUAUUGUGCAGACCGGGUCAGUUCAGGGGGCGCCUGUUUUAGUUUUACAAUGUGUGAUUAACUUUACUGAUGCUGUCAUACACCGCAAGAAGUUUAACUGGACUUUUUAUCUCUUGGGAAUAUUUGAGCAAAAGUGCAUUCAUGUUAAUAAACAUCAGCAGAAUUACACAUUCACCUAAUCUUUUAUGAUUUAUAUUAAAAUAUUUCCCAGUUUUUUCAAAUAUUGUUUCGGCACAGAGAGCAUUUUUAGACACUUUGCAGCACUGCUACUCUCCUCUUAAUGAUGCUGCUGUUGAGAUCUCCUCUACCUGUGGUCCAAAAAUGAGGGUACUGAGGUCCUAAAAAGGGCUUUUCUAAUAUUCCCUUGAAGAAAAGUUGGUCUUUUUUAAUCCUACUUUUCUUAUUUAUCUGUUCUGCCUUCAUCCAGCUGUCAUUUCACUCACCUGAGCUGAGCAGGUAAAGCAGCAGAGGUGUGAUCGUCCACCUAAGUGUAAUCAUCCUUCAUCCGUUUCCUUUGUGCCGCUAAUACGAUGUCUCUGUCAAACACCGGCUCCUGUUGGCUCUGCGAUGCUGCAAGUGAAACGUCCCGAUCCUUCUGAGGAAACACGCCGUACUUCAGGUUUUUAUAUGAGUGUGGGCGUGUACAGUAUGCAAGCGCUGUUUUCAUGUGUGUGCUCUCUUAUGUGUGUCUGAAGCUGAUGAUCUGGAAAACCACCCUGGGCGUUCUCUGCUGGUACAUCAAGAAAGGAAGGAAGGGAGGGUCAAGAAUAUAACUGCAGCACAGAGGGCAAGAAUCAGUGUGUGGGAGGGUGUGUGUUUAAGCAGCAACAUGAGGGGCUGCUGAAGAGCUACAGGGAGAGAAAACAGCGACUUUCUAGAUGAUGAGUAAUCACUUAAACUCAAAGAGCUUUUUCCGCAACACUACAUUAAAGUUUCUGACACUAAGAGACCAGGUUCAGAAGUUUUGAAGUAACACGUUGUCCAAAUACUGACCGAUUCAGGAUUUUAUCUGCUGGAUAUUUUGUGAUCCCCUUAUAUUUUGUAUUUUGAUAUCUCACUGAGUCAGGGCUGGACUCUUCUACUCAAGGCUCCCAAGUGAUUGAUUGAAGAUAAUAAAUACAACAGGGUAUAAGGGCCACAUUAAGAAAAAUAAUUGAAGACUUUGAGAUUAAAGUCAUUACUUUUGAGACUGAAGUCAUUAAUUUAUGAGAAUAAAGCAGAGCCGGCCCAAGGCAUAAGCGAACUAAGCGCCCGCUUAGGGCCCUGCAGCCAGUAGGGGGCCCCCAAGAGCAAUCAAAAAAAAAAUUAAAAUAUUUUUCAUUUUUUGCGUGUACGAGUGAUGCUUUUUGUAUGAUCACAUAUGUAUUAUAUAUGUGAUAUAUAUAUCUGAGGGGCGGUCCUCAAGCAUAAAUGUUCAUGUUUCCCCAUGUUCUGGGUCUUUCUUGAUUCAGAUUGACCUUUUUCAAUGUAAAAUAAAUAAAACCUUGUUGGCCGACAAAAGUCUCUAUUUCAUUCUUCACCAGCAGCAACGGGAAAAAACCUCCACGACAGCUGAUAAACCUGACGCUUCCCAGUCAAGCUGUGAUGCCAGAUUUUUAUCUGAUCGAGUGGUCCUGCAGUUUUCUACUGCUGGCCAUAAACAGUCUUUGUCUCUUUGAAGUAGAAAGGGUAUAAAGUUUGUGUUUUGGGAAGGCUUCUUUGGUUAUCUUGUAUAGAGACAGGAGGUUGUGGAAGGAUUGUGAUCUGGUGUUGAAGGUUUACACCAUCUUGUCUCUGUUGAGCAGAUGUAAGCCUUACAUUCUUUUGGGGGGUUUGGAUGAGAAAGUGGUCGGCUCUGUUACAUGUGAGUAUUUAGAAUCCAUUAUUAAUCCUGAUGAAGUUCAUUCAUGUGUGUUUACUCUUUUGUUGUUCACAGUUUCAGUGUGUUGGCAUCUGUUUUAUUUCAGCGUAAUUUAGCAUGUUCAGUGUAAGACUUAAUGAGAAUGUUUGAUGUGAUUCUACAUUUCUUUAUAUGUGUUUCUUAUCAAAUCAUUAAUCAUAAUGUGAUGAUACUAGUGAGUGAGUAUCAGAUCUGACUCUUUACCUGCCAAAAGGAUAAAUUGGAUCAAAUGAUCAGGAUCCUGAAGGUCUACAGGAACCGCAACCAUGACCCCUCCUCACUAUUCACACAAACACACACCCAGAGACACUCCCAGUUUGAAGGACAUAAAACCAGUAAAGGUGGGGUGCUCACUCUCUUAGCUCGCUUACUGUUUGAGUUUUCUCUAACAUCGUCUUAGUUCAAGUUUGGAAACUUCAACUAUUUUUGUGCGCAUAGCAAUCCAAGAUUAAAUCUUUAACUUGCCAUUUUUGAAACAGUUUCGACCGGCCAUCGAGCUUCUUGUUUAUCUGCGUUACUUCAAAGUCACCUCUGGAGUUUUGCGGUGAGACCAAAGUGGCAUCUAAAAGAUCCAUAAGUCGCUGGUUCUGCACUCAGUCCUGUGCGCUGUGACUCCUGGCCCAUGCGUAAACUGCGGAGGGAACAGUCAUUGCUGACAGAUGAAACAUCCCUGCAGUCUGUGGAGGUUCCCCGGUGCUGUGAGGGUCUGGAGAAGUGAUUAAUACAUCGUGGCAUGUUUUGGUGCUCUGUUGUGUUUCGUCCUCGUCCUGCUUGGCUUAUCUUUACGCAUCUGUGCCUUGCGCAUGAUUAUGAAACUUCCGCGGAAACUGAAAGUGUUCAUUUCUCGUGUCCGGAGUAUCGCUGUUCAGAAGCAUAUCUGCCCGAGCUGCUGUAAGUUAUUUCUAUUUUCUGCUCUUGUCGAUAGAGUUAUAAUCUGUUUUGAAGGUUCUCCUGUCGCUCCUCCUGCAUGCGCUCUUGUCUGAGUUCUUCAGAUUGUGGAGGAUGUCUGAUGAUCAACGACGUUUGAGAUCUGAAGCUCACUGUUGAUCGGCUAGUUCGGAGUUCUGUUUGCCCUUAUCAGUCAUCGUCAGUUGUUAUGAACUUAGUUAAAUGAGUAAGUUUUCAAUCAGCUUUUACAUGUUAAGUCACUCGUUAGAAGCUAAAAGCAGAAGAACUCAGGGACGAGGAAGUCCUGUUUGUUUGUUUGUUUGUUUGUUUGUUUGUUUGUUUGUUUGUUUGUUUCCAUGAAAGAAUCAGACUCCAUGUGAACGAUUUUAAGUUUCUUUUCUCUAAUCAACUUUGUUUAAAAAGCACCGCGCUUCUAACCAAUAAAAUCGUGUUAAUACGGCGCUAAUCAUGAUGGGUUGCCAGGUUGUUCAAAUGUCCCCCCUUGAACCGAUGCUUUGACAACCGUGGGGUGGCGCUAUUCUGCCGUCAACGUGGGGAAAUAACUCAAACCACGCAGCCUUUUUCUGCAAAUAUGAUGCUAAUUUAAACUUAUACACUCAUUAAUGAUAAACCAACACAUUACAGAAAACAGGAUGACAUGAGAAAAAUACUGAUCAUCUGUGAACAGUUAAAAAUGCAGACAUGAAGGUCAUUAAAGGGAUAUUCUGGCGUAAAAUUAAUUUAGGGUCAAACACACCAUAACACCCCCUCGAGAGAUGAAGGUUGCCGACUGCUUGCUUCUCUAGUUAUACCAACUUUAGUAACGACCGCACGAUAGCAAUACACAGCGGUCUGAGGUGAGUUGUGUUUUGUCUCUUUGCUAAAGAAAUCAGGCAAAGUUAAAAAGAUGUUUGAUGUCUAGUACAAUAGCGAGGACCCUAUAUGUCCUGUUGAUGAAGUUAGGUGCUGUUCUGAGCAUUAUUUGUGGCUACAGAGUGGCGUUUUGGUUGAGGUUUGUUUAUGGCUCCUCAGACCGCUGUGUAUUGCCAUCGUGCGGUUGUUACUAAAGUUGGUAUAACUAGAGAAGGAAGCAGUCGGCAACAUUCAUCUCUGGAGGGGGUGUCUAACUCUGUGUCACGGUGUGUUUGACCCUAAAUUAAUUUACACCAGAAUAUCCCUUUAAAGAGUGAAACCUUUUACUGCCUUUUUCAGCCUGCUGAAGAAAUGAAAAAGCACCUUCGAUCUAAUCUGUAAACUUUAUCUUUUCCUCUUCAGUGAGCCAUGCCAGCCCCAAAGGUGCUGCUGCUGGACACUCUGGAGAACCUGUGUGAAAGAGACUUCAACAAGCUGAAAUGGUUUCUCAACUCAGGGAUCUCAAACAAUGAUACCUGGAGACCAAUUCCAGUGUCUCGUCUGGAGAAAGCCACAGAGAUAGAGACCGUGAGGGAGAUGACACAGAGCUUCGGUGAGGAUCGUGCUGUGGAGAUCGCUGUGGAGAUCCUGAGAGAGAUGGGCCUCAAUGACCCUGCGGCCAAGUUAGAGAGCAAGCACAAAGGUGUCAGAAAUGUUUGACUACAUGAGCAAAAUCUUUUACUUACAUGUGCGCAUGCACUGUACUAAACUCCUCCGCUAAUUUCUCCUUUAUUUUAAUUUUGCAGGGGGUAAAACCUCAGCACCCUCCACCUCUGCUGCUGCUGCACCUCCUCCCGCAGCUCCUGCCCCCUCAGCAGCUCCUGCAUCACUGACAGCUCAGGACGGAGGAGUGAUCUUCGCCCCAAAUCUCGUUGGUGGUACCUCUGGAGCAUGGAACAUAACCAUCAACAAAUACACCAAUGAAACAAUAAUGAAUCAGGAUAAUUAGGAAAAAAAUGAUUUUUUAAACUAUUUUUUUAUUGAAAUGUAAAUCAAUUUACAUGUAAUUUUCAUACCAAAGUUUAAUAAAUGGCUUUAAAAAACUUUAA